AUGUGUCUUGGCGUUCUUGAUUCAAUCCGAAAUUGCAAACCCUCUACAUUGCUCCCACCUAAAAAACGCAUCUCAGCUUUAACAAGAGGGAAAGGGGGCUUUGUACCCCAUCCUUCACAAAGCAUGGCCCCCGAAGAAAACUCAAAUACUAUUGAUUCCACCAUUGUCCGACGAUCAGCAAAUUACCAUCCUACCAUUUGGAAUUAUGAUUACAUCCAAUCAUUAACAAGUGAAUACAUGGGGGAGGCAUUCACCCGAAAGAUUGAUAAGUUGAAAGGAGAAGUAACAAUGAUGUUUCACAAAGUGGUGGAUCCUAUAAAGCAACUCGAGCUGAUUGACAUCUUGCAAAGACUUGGAGUAUCUUACCACUUUGAGGAUGAAAUAAGGAGGAUAUUGGAGAAUAAACAUAAUACUCACCAUAGUGGUGACGUUUGCAAGAAGAAGAGUUUGUAUGCUACAGCUGUUGAGUUUAGACUACUGAGACAACACGGAUAUGAUGUACCUCAAGAGACUUUCAAAAGUUACUUCAAUGAAGAGGGGAAUUUCAAAGAAUGUCUUUGUAUCGAUAUUGAAGGAAUGUUGGCUUUGUAUGAAGCCUCGUUCCACUUGAGAAAUGGCGAAAGCAUCUUGGAGGAAGCAAGAGAUUUUGCAACCAAACAUCUUAAAGAGUAUGUGGAUCAAAGCAAAGAUCAAUAUCUUUGUAUGAUGGUUAGUCAUGCCCUCGAGCUUCCACUACAUUGGAGAGUGAUAAGGUUGGAAACGAGGUGGUUCAUUGAUGCAUAUAAGAAUAGAAAAGAUAUGAACUCUACCUUGCUUGAGCUUGCAGAACUGGAUUAUAACAUGGUACAAGCAGUCCACCAAGAAGAUCUAAAAGAAGUGUCAAGGUGGUGGAGGAGCACUGGCCUUGGAGAUUUGAGCUUUGCACGGGAUAGGGUUGUGGAGAAUUUCCUAUGGGCAACAGGAGCAAUAAAUCAACCUCAAUUUGGAUAUGAGAGGAGAAUGUUAGCAAAGCUCGGUGCAUUGUUGACAACAAUAGAUGAUGUCUAUGAUGUCUAUGGCACUUUAGAAGAACUUGAGCUCUUUACAAAUACUAUUGAGAGAUGGGACGUCAAUGGAAUGGAACAACUUCCUUAUUAUCUGCAGAUUUGUUUCCUUUCCGUCUACAACACAAUUAAUGAAAUGGCAUUUGACACUCUCAAGGAAAAGGGAUGCAACAUCAUGUCGUACAUGAAAAAGGGGUGGGCAGAUAUAUGUAGAUCUUAUUUGAUGGAGGCAAAUUGGUUUUACAACCGAUAUACACCAAGCCUUCAAGAAUACCUUGAAUGUGCAUGGAUCACAGUAACAAUACCAAAUAUACUGGUGCAUUGUUAUUUUUUCGUCACAAAUCCCAUAACAGAGGAAGCCUUGGACUCAUUGGAAGAGUAUCCCGAUAUAAUUCGCUUGCCAUCAUUCAUUGUGCGACUUGCAGAUGAUCUCGGAACAUCUACUGACGAGUUAAAGAGGGGGGAUAAUCCUAAAUCAAUCCAAUGCUACAUGAAUGAUACUGGUGCUAGUGAGGAAGAGGCUCGUCAAUACAUGAGGUUCUUGAUUAGUGCAACAUGGAAGACGAUUAAUGGAGAAUGCAUUGCAAGUUCUCCAUUCUCUAAAACAUUUAAUGAGAUCACAAUGAACAUUGCAAGGGUGUCCCAGUUCAUGUACCAGCAUGGAGAUGGUCAUGGCAUUGGAGACGGUGAGACUAAGGACUGCGUGCAAGCGUUGUUUAUUCAUCCCAUUCCUAUAGCUGAGAAUUGCUAA